AUGGAUUCUUCUCUAAUUGAUAAACAAAGAAAAUUGCUUAUGUUCACAGCAAAGUCUCUUUAUAAGGCUGGGAUUUGUGACCAAGCAAUGACUUCUUUUAAACAAGCUAUAGAUAUGGAUGCAAGAUUAAAUAAGAAACAAACAACGUUUUUCAACGAUUUAGUCCAAACUAUUGUCAAUCCUAUUAGAGCAGCAACCAAACAAUUACGAGAGAGUGAAGCUUUUGCACAAGAAAAAAGUGAAUCAUUAGCUACAUUGAUUCACAAUGAGACAGUUAAACAAUUUGAGAAGCUUAAAUUCACAUGUCAUGAUGUUUUAUCAAUUAUCGAUCAACAAAUUAUCCCAGGAAAUACGGAUACUGAAGUUAAAGUUGAUAUGAUGAGAUUACAAGCAGAUUUAUAUAGAUAUAUAACAGAAUUUGCUAACGAUGAUGAAAAAUCCUUCUUUUCUAACCGUGCUGCUUCUGUUUAUGAACAGGCUUACAAAAUUGCUUCAAAUAAAUUACCUUCUCACUCUACAUCGCGUUUGGCUUUGGUUCUGAACAGAGCUAUAUUGCUUGCCAAUGUUUUAGGCCAUAUUUCAGAAGCAGUUGAUUUAGUUGAAUAUGAAGUUGGAUUACUCAAUCAAGGCAAUACAGAAUUAAGUGAAACAUCUUACCAGCAGGCAAUGAUAUUCUCGAGAUCACUCGGAAAACUCUUGUUAAGAUGGAAGAAGUAA